GUUUCUCCGCGGAUGGGAUUUCCUCCCAGUCCAGCAGAGGGGCUCGGUCCGACCGCUCCACCAUCCUGCACGUCGGCGUCGGUCUCACCGCCAAUUGUAAACGAUGAUCUCAGACGACAGCGACCAGGUCCAUCCGUGUUUUGUUAUUUCACAUAAAAAUGUCGCCGUCUGAAUGUGACGAAUGUUGCGAGCCGUAAUCCACGCGAGAUUUGGUGACGUCCUCCAGCGACACGUCAGCCAGACGGAACCAACCUGGCAACGGCAUAUUGUUAAUUCGAGGAGCGAGCUUUUAGCGAAAUGGGGGGUUUCUUCUCCAGUAUCUUCUCUGGCUUGUUUGGCACCCGGGAGAUGAGGAUUUUGAUCCUGGGAUUGGACGGUGCUGGGAAAACCACCAUUCUGUACAGGCUGCAGGUUGGAGAGGUGGUCACCACGAUUCCUACUAUCGGUUUCAAUGUUGAGACGGUCACAUACAAGAACCUGAAAUUCCAGGUGUGGGAUCUGGGAGGACAGACGAGUAUCAGACCCUACUGGCGGUGUUAUUACUCAAACACAGAUGCAGUGAUCUAUGUGGUCGACAGCAGCGACCGUGACAGGAUGGGCAUCUCAAAGUCUGAGCUGGUGGCCAUGUUGGAGGAAGAAGAGCUGAAGAAGGCAAUCCUUGUGGUGUUUGCCAACAAACAGGACAUGGACCAAGCCAUGACGCCGACAGAGGUGGCCAACGCUCUCGGGCUGCCCGCCCUCAAAGACAGAAAAUGGCAGAUCUUCAAGACGUCGGCCACCAAGGGAACGGGCCUGGAUGAAGCCAUGGAGUGGUUGGUGGAUGCUCUGAAGAGUCGGCAGUAAAAGGCGUGCCCCAUUUUGUAUAUACUCUUAAACUUUGACCCCCUUGCUUUGAAGCCUUGUGACUCACCUCUCCCCAUUUCCAGUUUUACUUUGGACCAGAGAUUGUGCUCCUUCUCUAUUCUUAUACCUACACAAAACCUUGACCAAGUCCUCCCAAUGCCUAACACCUUUCAAGCCUGGGACUGAGAAGAGAAGGCUGUAGUAACAUCUGGAGUCUGCACAGAUAUUUUUGAAAAUAAAUCCACAUGUCGCAUGACGAAA